AUGGCUGAAAAAAAAGAAUACAAAUUCAAAUGGGAUGGAAAAGAAAUUAGACAUCGAUGGGAAGGUUUCGUGAAAUUUGGCAAUGCAUCAGCAAGUGAAAUGACAGGAAAAAACUUCGACAAGUGGUUAAAAGAUGGCGGAAUCAUUGAUAACAAGAAUAUUACCACUACAAUGACCGGGAUAGCUUUCUCUAAAAUAACUGGCUCUAAAAAAAAAGCAAAUUUCGCUGAGACAAAAGACAUCUUGAUAGCAGUUGCUGAAGACCGAGCACGGACUACUAAAAAAGAUGCACAAGAGGAACUGGAUGUAAUCACUGAGAAGCUUUCAAAGCUAGAGGCACCAGCAUUGAAAGGAGUUGCUAAAGCUUCGGCUGACGGUGUAUACAAUCGGCUAACAGAUCAUACAAAAUAUACAGGUUCCCAUAAGGAACGCUUUGAUGCUGAUGGAAAAGGACGUGGAAAAAUGGGGAGGGAAGAUGUCGUCGAACAAACCGGUUAUGUAGCAGCUUAUAAAAACAAGGAUACUUAUGAUAAAAUGCAUAAAAGUAACAACUGA